UUUUUCACGCUCGGUGCGUGAAUGAACCCGCGCGCUCCUCGUGCGUCAUGAAGACGAGCCGGCGGUGGCGCGCGCUGCUCUCGGUGUCCCUGAACCUGCUCGCGCUACUGCUGUCCAGCACCGCGUUCUGCACGGCGUACUGGUGCGAGGGCACCCAGCGCGUUCCCAAACCGAGCUGCAACAAGGAGCGGCGCCACCACUGCAUCGAUUACGGUGCCAACGAGACCGACCCGAGCAAAGUGCACUACAGCUGGGAGACCGGCGACGAUCGCUUCUUGUUCCGCCGCUUCCACGCGGGGAUCUGGCACUCGUGCGAGGAGAACAUCCACACAGGAGGCGAGAAAUGCAGGAGCUUUAUUGAUCUGGCUCCAGCGUCAGAGAGAGGUGUCCUUUGGCUGUCAGUGGUCUCGGAGGUGCUGUAUAUCUUGCUGCUGGUGGUUGGAUUUAGUCUGAUGUGCUUGGAGCUGUUUCAUUCUAGCAACGUGAUUGAUGGCCUGAAGCUGAACGCCUUCGCUGCUGUUUUUACUGUGCUCUCAGGUCUGCUGGGAAUGGUGGCUCACAUGAUGUACACCCAAGUGUUUCAGAUCACAGUUAGUCUCGGUCCAGAAGACUGGAGACCGCACACGUGGGACUAUGGCUGGUCAUUCUGCAUGGCUUGGGGCUCCUUCACCUGUUGCAUGGCCGCCUCAGUCACCACCCUCAACUCCUACACCAAAACGGUGAUUGAAUUCCGGCACAAGCGCAAGCUCUUCGAGCAAGGUCUUCGCGAGGAGCAGGCCUUCUUGGACGAAGAGGCCUUCCACUACUACCGGGAUCGUUCUGUACAGUCUAUCUCUAACUCCAUGGACCUGUACCCGGGCCAUAGCAGUGGCCACGGCAGCGUUCAUGGAAGUGCUCGUGGGAAAAUACGGAUGCCUUCAGCAUCUGUGGACAUGGGGGACAACACAGAUUCUUUAGGGGAGGAACAGUGUUAA